AUGGCAUCCCAACAUGCUGUAUUGAUCAUCUUCCUGUUCUUCUUAGUUUGUUCCUGCCAAUCCCUCGAUGAUCGCCUAACCUCACUAAGACCACUCUACCCCGCCGACAAGCUCAUCUCCGACGACGGUGGCAUGUUUGCCCUUGGCUUUUUCAACCUCACCACCAACUCAACCCCAAGCCUGUACCUCGGCAUAUGGUACAACAACAUCCCCGAGCGCACCUACGUUUGGGUCGCCAACCGCGACAGCCCAAUCACCACGCCUUCAGCAAAGCUAGCUCUCACUAACACUUCCGACCUGGUGCUGUCCGACUCCGAAGGCCGCAUAGUCUGGGCGACAGACAACAAUGUCUCCGGCAUCAGCACCGGAGGUUCCGGAGUGCUCCGGAGCACGGGGAGCUUCGAGCUCGAGCUGCAGCUGCCCAAUGGCACAGGCGUAGUAGUAUGGAAGAGCCUCGAUCACCCCACGGACACCAUCCUCCCGACCUUCAGGCUGUGGACCAACUACAAGGCUCACACCGCCAUGCGCGUCGUCGCCUGGAAGGGGCCUCGGGACCCUUCCGCCGGCGACUUCUCCCUCAGCGGCGACCCUACCAGCUGGGGCCUCCAGAUCAUCAUCUGGCGGGGUACACGCCGCACGUGGCGCAGCGGCGUGUGGAACGGCGCGGGGGCCUCCGCCAUCACCAGGUUCAUAUACUCCCAGAUCGUCGACGACGGGGAGGUGAUCUACGCGGCGUACAACGCCGCCGGCGGACCGACGACGCACUGGAAGCUGGACUACACGGGGAACGUGAGGCUCCGCGUCUGGAACGUCGAGUCGUCGUCGUGGACCGUCCUUUUCGAGGGCCCCGGCAAUGGCGGCUGCCUCCACUACGGCGCGUGCGGGCCGUUCGGCUACUGCGACGCCACGGGGCGCGAGGGCGGCGUGCAGGAGUGCAAGUGCCUCGACGGGUUCGAGCCGGAAGACGGCUUCUUCCGUGACUUCUCCAGAGGAUGCCGGAGGAAGCAAGCGCUGGCGUGCGGCGGUGCUGGCGCCGGUGCCGGCGGUGGGAGGAGCCAUUAUUUCCUGACCUUGCCGGGGAUGAAGGUGCCUGACAAGUUCCUGUAUGUCAGGAACAGAAGCUUUGAAGAGUGCGCUGCAGAGUGCGACCGCAACUGCUCGUGCACCGCGUACGCUUAUGCCAACUUGAGCACCAUCGUCACCAUGAGUGCUAGCAGUGACAUGUCAAGGUGCUUGCUUUGGAUGGGGGAGCUUCUCGACACCGGAAAGGACGGCGAUUUAGGUGAAAACUUGUACCUUCGGCUCGCCGCCGGCUCUCCCGGAAACAACAAGAAGAAGAUCGGCAUGGCUAUGGAGAUUGUGCUCCCAACGACGGCAUGUCUGCUGAUGCUCACAUGUAUAUAUCUUGCCACUAUAUGCAAGUCAAGAGGCACGCGACGGAACAAGGAAGCACAUGAGAGGAGCGUUCACGAUUUCUGGGAUCAAAAUCUGGAACUGUCGUGUAUUAGCUUCGAGGACCUCACAUCUGCAACGAAUGGUUUCCAUGAAGCCAACAUGCUUGGAAAAGGUGGCUUUGGGAAAGUAUAUAAGGUGGGGAUACUGAAAGAUGGCAAGGAAGUUGCUGUUAAAAGGCUUACCAACGGUUCCGAGCAAGGGAAAGAGCAGCUUAGAAAUGAAGUAGUUCUUAUUGCAAGUUUGCAGCACAAGAACCUAGUCAGGCUUCUUGGUUGUUGCCUCCAUGAAGAUGAGAAGUUGCUCAUAUACGAAUACUUGCCCAACAAAAGCUUAGACAAAUUCCUCUUUGGUAUGUUCUAUCACACAUUCUAA